CAAGACGAAGCUCGCGAGCUGGACAAGGUUACGACGAUCUGGAUCCUACAAGACAACCGUCUCGGGGCCUCGGCCGCCAUCUAAACACCAAUUCAUGUUCCUCGACUUACAAAACACUUCACCAUGUCUGAGCACGGAGACACACCUUCACCGCGGUCCUCAUCGGGCCCGGCCAGCUCCAUGUCACCACCUCCAGCACCUGUCUCAGUCACCGAGACGGCAUCGUCACCAAAGAAGCGGGCAUCAGUAGCGACAGAAGGCAAAAUCACGAAACGACGAGCCGCCAGGGCCUGCGUGUCAUGUCGAGCCCGCAAGGUGCGCUGCGAUGUGGUCGAGGGCGCACCGUGUGGUAACUGCCGUUGGGAUGACGUGGAGUGCGUCGUCCAGGAGAGUCGCAGGCGAAAAAAGAACCUCCCCUACAAUUGCGGCCCGGCAUCGGUGGGGGCGCGCGCUGGAACUGCCGAGGCACUGCGUUCAAAGAGCAUCAGCGCCGUUCCCCCAAUCAUCACGGCCAAUCUCGCGAAACCAGGAUUCCCGCAAAAUGGAUCAUUCUCCCUCCCCAUGAACGGGGUUAACGGUGGACAAGCGGCCACCAAUCUGCUGUACCAGCAAUCCCCCGGCGGAUUCGGUACCCCGGUCUCCGCGGCGACCCUGACCGGGUUCCCUCCGGUGACCCCCGGGAUACCUCCGUCCCCGGCCUUGAUGCACCCGCUGCUCCGAUCCGCCCUCGAGCAGGCCAACGAAUGGCCCGCCUUCAUCCGGCCCAUCCCGGACCGCAUCCUGUCCGAGGACCGGCAGUACCUCGCCCGCAAGCAGGUCUUCACCCUGCCCCCCCUGCGCCUGCAGAAUGCCCUGCUCGCUGCCUACGUCGAGUAUGUGCACCCCUACAUGCCGCUCAUGGAGCUGCAUGACUUCCUCAGGGUGGUUGGCGACCGGUCCGGGGCGUCCGGGAAGAUCAGCCUGUUUUUGUACCAUGCCGUCAUGUUCUCGGCCACGGCGUUUGUCGACGAGAGCCUCCUGAAGGAUGCCGGUUAUGACAGCCGGAGGGAUGCAAGGAGGGCCUUUUUCUCUAGAACCAGGCUUCUCUACGACUUCGACUACGAGACGGAUCGCCUCAUCCUCGUCCAGGGCCUGCUCCUGAUGACGUAUUGGUACGAGACACCAGACGACCAGAAGGAUACCUGGCACUGGAUGGGCGUCGCCAUUUCGCUCGCCCACACGAUCGGUCUCCACCGCGACCCGGCGAAGACGCCCAUGAUCCCGCGAAAGCAGAAAUUGUGGAAGCGCGUGUGGUGGUCCUGCCUCAUGCGAGACCGUCUCGUUGCCCUCGGCAUGCGGCGGCCGACCCGGAUAAAGAGCGAAGACUUCGAUGUGCCCACGUUGAACGAGGACGACUUUGAAAUCGAGGCGCUGCCGGAAGAUAAUCAACUGUUGGGGCCCGAGUGCGUUUUGAUACGCGAUGUCGAGAUGCAGCGCGGGCUCGCCGUAAUGUGUAUUGAAAAGGCUAAGCUGUGCAUGCUCAUCGGCGACAUGCUCAAGGUGCAGUACUCUGUCCUCAGCCGCAGCGGCAUGCGACCCGAGCACACCACCAACAGCACCCACAUGCUGCUCCCGAACAAGAGCCCCGAGAACAUGGAACACGUCGAGAACGUCGACCACCACCUGCAGGACUGGUUCGCCAGCCUGCCCGAGACCUGCCAUCACCGCACGCUCGACACGGCCACCACCACGGACGGCAACCAGGUGCUCGCGGUGCAGCGCAACCUCCUCCACAUGAUCUACCACACGACCAUCUCGGCGCUGCACCGGCCGCUGUUCCUCCCGGCGUCGCCCACUGAAGGCCCCAGCACGCCCGUCGAGGUGCAGGAGACGGCACGGCAGCGGGUGCGCGAGGCCGCCGAGCACAUCACGCGCAUGGCGGCGGACCUUCGGCAGCACGGGCUCGAGCGGUUCCUCCCCACCACGGGCGUGACGGUGAUCCUGCCGGCCAUGAUCGUGCACAUGCUCGACACCAAGAGCCCCGACGCCGAGACGCGCGCCGGCGCCAUCCAGGGGCUCAAGGAGUGCCUCGUCGUCAUGAGCAACCUGCGCAACAUCUACGCGGCGGCCGACUUCGCCACCGGCUUCCUCGACGCCCUCCUGCGCAAGGGCAUGCUCGGCCAGCAACCACCCCAACCCGCCGCCGCCCAGCCCGCAACCCCCGUCGGCGUCCGGCCCGGCGGCAAGAUGCUCAACCGCGUGCUAGCCCCGGCGCUGAACCUCACGCCGCAGGGCAUGCCCACCCUCUCCGCGCGCCCGACCACCCCCCCGCCAGAGAACGUCUUCCUCAACCUGCGCACCGUUAACAACAACAACAACAACCGCAACAGAAACAACAGCCUCUUCUCCUCCACCGGGCCCCUCCAACAACACCAACAGCAGCAGCAGCAGCACACCGCUACUGCUGCCUCUGCACAAACAUUCCUCCCCGCCGAUGCGGACGACACCGACCUGAGCGCGCUGUCCGCCGCCGUCGGCGCCACCACCCCGCCGCACACCGAUAGCGAGGACAUCGACAUGGAGAUGGCCAUGGUGGAUGACAUCAUGGGCGGGCUCGGCGGCGCGGGGUUGGAAUAUACCAGCGCUGCGGCGGCGGCUGCGCUUGGUGAGGGGGCCGCUGCUGCCGCUGGUGGUGGUGUUGGUGGUGGUGCCGGUGCGGGGAAUAAUUUUGAUUUUGAUCAGUGGCUGCAGUUCCCUGCUGAGGGCGGGUUGACGACGUCGGAUGACUCGUUUAUGGGGGGGAUGUUUGCGGGUGCGGCGGAGCAUCAUCAUCAUCAUCAUCAUCAUCAUCACCAGGGGGGGUUGGAGCUUGGGGGGGAGGGGGGGAUUGAUUGGAUGAGUUUGGGGGAGGGGAUUAGCCAUUAGGUGGUGAGGGCCCUAGUUGUGUUUUGGGUUGAUGUGAGGGUCUGGUGAUGGAUGCCUGGGCAUUGGCGUUGAGCGCGUCUUCUUCAGUGU